AUGGAGGCGUCCCCUCUGAUGAGGCUUCCGCCUGAGAUCCGCAACAACAUAUACGAGCUCGCCCUCUACGAGCCAGCCGGCAUGAGACCUGUUCUAUCGCAUCCGCGCGCGCCGUCGCAGGUAGAAUCGAACCCACUUGCCCUCGCGCUCUGCUGUCGCCAGCUAUACCAAGAAUGCAUACGUCUCUUCUACAACAUCAAUCACUUCUGGAUCCAGUCGAUGACUGCUGAUUUCGUCACUCGCCUCGAGUCUUUCUCGGAAGCAAUCGGCGAGCAAAACACAGCAGCACUUCGCGAAGUUCGAUUCAUCCAGGGCUUGGCGGUCGCUUCUGUCAUGUCGGCUUCCCGCGCUGAAACCACCACCGCUGCACCGCCUAUGGGAUUUCCCAGCUCCUCGACUACGCAAGUACCGAGCCCUGCACCUCCCGCGGCGGCCUCUCCUCAAGUCCCCCGGUCUCCCCGCUUCCUGAAAGAGCACCUCAUGACGAUGUACCUCAACAUCCGCAACAACACCACAAUCCACAAGCUCUGCGAGCGCGGCACCAAAGCCUACAUCACCAUACUCUUCUGGAUCGACAGCAAAAUCUUCACGGAAGAGGCGCCCUACGUCAUCUAUCUCAACUGUGCCGAUCUCAAGACGUCGCUACGGGUUCAGAUGACACAGACUCGUCUUGAGUGCCGAGAGGUGAGGACUCGCAAGGUGGAUCCGGCGGAGAUCGCCAGGGUCAUUGCGUUUCUUGAGAACUUGCUGCUCUGUUUGGCCCAUUUGGAGAAGCUGGCUUGA